CUAUAUAUACACUGAAACAUAUGAUCUCCACUCAAAACAUAUUCCUGUCUCCAACAAAAACCUCUGAACACAUCAAGAGCAUAUAUACAUAUCCCUCAGACUUUUAUUUUUAUAUCGGCCAUGGAAGAAAAUCAACAAGAAGCUUCAAUGCAACUAGUUCCCAUAGAGAGCUUCUCUUACAGUUGGUUAGUUAACUUUCCUUCUUUAGAAGCUUCCAUCGAUGAUUAUCAUCAAAACUACGAAGAUUCUUCUUCCUUCAUCGAGAUGGAUCCAAGAUUGCCUCCUUCUAGAAGAUUCUUCAUCAACAAAGCCCAUGAAAGUAGCUUCAAGUUCGAUACCUUUUUCUCUUUUACCGACGAGGAUCACACUUUAGUUCACGCUGACGACAUUUUCCGUGACGGGUACGUCAUGCCUUAUCUAUCAAAAGCCACGGCAGCAAAUACUAAGGAAAAAUAUGAGCCGUUGGAUACGAAAACAGAGAAGAAGAUGGUGACACGUGACAUUCAGAGCAAGUCUCCUUCUUGUAGAAAAUUGAAGAGAGUAUCAAAGUGGGUUUUGUUAAGGUAUCUUGAUUUUUUGACGCCAUUGUGUAAAAGAUUGAGGAGAUGUAGAUCCGCUGGAUCACAUGGAGGUACCGGUUUUGACGCUAGGAUCCGUUCAAAGACGUUGUCUAGAAGCAGAGUUUAUUCUGAGGAAACGACGUCGUCGCCAAGAAUAAGUGUUGCAGAUGAUUGUUAUUGGAGAAGGUCUUGUGACUCAGAGAGCUCCAUUUACGAAGCCGUUCUUCAUUGCAAGAAAUCUUUCGAGAAAUAAGAGAAGAAUCCAUUGAGAAGGAGCAGGUAGGAGUAGAGGUGGAGAAUUUUAAGAUUGAGAAGAAUAAGCAAAUUGCAUUUACACGUUACACAUGGCGUGGGAGAGAGAGAGCAACUUGUGAUGUGUCUUUUUGUUGUUUCUCUCUCUUGAAUUAAAGAGACUGAUGUGAUGAUCCAUGUGAAUGUGUCAUCUGAUGUGGAUCAAGAAUGUCUUUUUUACAUGAUUGGGCACAUAUAUAGGUUAUAUGGGCAGCUAGCAGAAUCAAGAAAAUAUUUUCAGAUUUGCUUUGCUGUUUUCCUACAUAUAUGUAAGUUAAAUAGUUUCUUUUUAUAUAUGUAAUCCUAUGUGCCUACCCAUGUUUUACUUUCUGGUCCAAUUGUGUUUGAAAAUUCUUACUUUUUGUGCCAAUUUUGUCUUUUCUUGUC